AGUUCUCUCUCACGAAACCAAUUUUAAUGCUUGUCGCGUCUCUCGAAUUAGGGUUCUAGUAUCUCUGCUCUUUAAACUCUUAUCGACGCUAAAACUCUCUACCCAUCGCAGAGCCUAUCUAAAGGAUUUUCACUUUAUGUAAAACAAAACGCGUCUCUGAAUGUUUUUGGUAUGUUGAAUCAGAAUGGAUUCUCAGAUCAAGCACGCUGUUGUAGUGAAAGUGAUGGGAAGGACUGGGUCAAGGGGUCAAGUGACUCAGGUUAGAGUGAAGUUCACUGACUCGGACCGUUACAUCAUGAGGAACGUCAAAGGACCAGUCAGAGAGGGAGAUAUUCUCACCCUGCUCGAGUCUGAGAGAGAAGCUAGAAGACUGCGUUAAUUCUUUCUUUGCAAAUUGGAUAAUUGAAGUCUUAUAUUGUGAUGUUAAAAAUAUUAAUUACUAUCAAAGAUGGAUGCUUUAGAGUCUUCUA